CCGCCCCCUACUCCCCUUCCUUGCCCCGGACUGGGCGGCCUCCAAGGCCCGGACCCCCUGAGCAGGCGGACCUUGGAGAGGAGGCCGGGAGCGGGAGCUGUCCCGAGCUGUCCGAGGCUGGGAGCCCUCCUCGCCCUCCGGCAGCUCCCCCUCUGCCCGUCCUCUGGAUCCCGGCCCAGGCGGAGCCGGUGGCGUUGCCAGAGGCAGAGGCAGAGGCAGAGGCAGCGGCGAAGGUCCACGGGGACCGCCGCGGAGCUGACCCUUGGCCCCCGGCCCUCCCGGCCAUCUCCGCUUUUCCUCCCGUCACCUGACCCCGGAGGGGGCUAUCUGGCGGAGAGGCAGCAUUAGGGACACCCGGGGGCGGACAUCGUCCGUCUGGUCGGGCCGCAGCCACUCGGACGCCGGGGUCCCCGAGAGCCAGCAGGCGCCUUCUGAUGGAAGACUUAGCCCGGGCCGAGCCCCGGCUCCGCCGCUGAGAUGGGGAACAAGCAGACGAUCUUCACUGACGAGCAGCUGGACAAUUACCAGGACUGUUCCUUCUUCAAUCGGAAUGACAUCCUCAAGUUGCAUGCCCGGUACUACGAGCUAGCGCCCAACAUCGUGCCCAUGGACUACCGAAAGAACCCUAUUGUCACCGUGCCCAUGUCGGUCAUCAUACAAAUGCCGGAGUUCAAGGAGAAUCCUUUCAAGGAGAGAAUUGUGGCAUCUUUCUCUGAAGAUGGUGAGGGGAAUCUCACCUUCAAUGACUUUGUGGAUAUGUUUUCAGUCCUCUGUGAGUCGGCGCCCAGGGAACUCAAAGCAAGCUAUGCCUUUAAGAUCUAUGAUUUCAAUAAUGACAACUUCAUCUGCAAGAAAGACUUGGAGAUGACCUUGGCCCGGCUGACUAAGUCAGAACUGGAGGAGGAAGAGGUGGUUCUGGUGUGCGAUAAGGUCAUUGAGGAGGCGGAUCUGGAUGGAGAUGGGAAACUCAGCUAUGCAGACUUUGAAGACAUGAUUGCUAAGUCCCCUGACUUUUUGAGCACUUUCCACAUUCGGAUCUGAAGCUACCCAGAAGACCACUAGAGAUGACAUCAGCUCAGCCCUGGCGCCUCUAUGAGGUCCCCAACACUCUCUCUUUGAGUAAAGGGUUUCUCCAGGUUCCCGUUAUCAAUGGAAGAUGUGCUUUCCUGUGAUUUUAUACCUGUGAAAAUUUAUUAUGGCCCUAUCAGCAAAAACAAACAAACAAAAACAAUACCCAAAACUUAAUACCAGAAAAGUAACCAUAACCAACUCACCUCCUGGGAGACUCCCAAAGAUCUCAUGCUCUGACAGCUUUUCUCCCCAUAUGGAAUACUCUCAGUCAAUAGGAUGCUGGGACUAGUAAUGAUCUCUAGCCAGUUUUUGUGACUUCGGCUGUCCAUCUCCUGUCUGGGAGGUAUGGGGGAAACGGGGUCACAAGCAGGGGCCCAUAUUUGAUUCCUGGCCUAAAGUUUGCUCCAUUGGCUCCACAGUGGAGAUCAGUCUGGGUCUAAAUCUCUCCUGCCUUGGGAAAUGAGGCUUCAGACAUGAUAGCAGCUAUAACUUUUCCUUCUCAAACCUCUUUAAAAAAACAAGAAGAAAGGUAAAAAUUAUCCUUUAAAAAAAGGGAAAUUCACUUAAUUGAAGGAUCGUGAGAUUUCUGAAAAGCAUGAGAGUGAGCACAAAAAGAAAAGAGAGGGAUGAAGUUUUGAAUCAGCUAUGCAAUAUCUCUCAUCAAAUGCCUGUAUUCAGUUCUGCCUUUCUCCCUGUUCCACCAGACACUGUGUUACCCGCUGUCCGGGCCUGGCCUGGGACCCACUGCCGCUUGCCUCUGGCAGUCAAAGGAAGGGCUCUGUCACUCUCACUGCAUCCCUCUUUUCCUCAUUAAAUAUUCUGAUGGAUUUUGACCAUAGCUAAAGAGUAUGUAAACCUUGGCUCCAUUAUUCAUUCACUCAGACAAUCAUCAAGUGCCGACUAAAUUCCUACAUUGGACUAGGUACUGGGUGGGGAUAAAAGGAUAAAAUAGGAGUUUACAUUCUAUUGGGGAAGACAGCCUGUGUGUAUAUAAAAAAUAAAUAUCAA